GGGACCCAAUAACUCAUGGAAAGUAAUUUCACUUACAGAAUUUUGGAGACCACAAAAAUAGUUGAUAAGGUAACAGAAAAACAAGAACACAAUGGAGUUCACUUGCUGCAACUUCUCUGAGUAACCAAUGGCUGCACUCUCAUCUUCUUUCCUCUCAACAGCACUCUCAACAAAUCAUUCUCAGAAUCAGCAUUUCCUUCUGCCCCAUAAUCCCAACUUGAAAAUCAACAAGAGAGUUUUCAAGAUUCAGGCUGCAAAGCUUCCUGCUGGGGUGGAGUUGCCAAAGGAAGUACCAAAGUUGAGCAGACCUCUUUUCGGUUUUACCAAGACAGCUGAGAUAUGGAACUCUAGAGCUUGUAUGAUUGGCCUUAUUGGUACAUUCAUUGUGGAACUAAUUUUCAACAAGGGAAUUCUUGAAAUGAUUGGCGUAGAGAUUGGGAAAGGCCUUGAUAUUCCUCUCUAGAUGUGGUAUAUGUUUAAAUUCUUCAUGAACAGAGUUGUAUUCAGUGAUGUACUACAGUGAUAUAUUCAUUAUUCAAGAAAAUUUUGAACUCUAA